AUGGCCUCCACCUCCGCACAGACAAGCACCGUGGACAAGAACCCGUACAGCGAAAUCAGUGACUACAUUCACGACAUUGCGGAAGAGCAAAAGACCAUUGCCGCAGGGUCCACUGGAGAGGUUGUGGAGGGAGGCGACGCUGUUCCAGAACCCCGACUAUCCCCAAUUGGCGCGAAAGGCUUCCCGACACUCACUGGUUUCCGGACCAACCAGUUCGUCCGGCCGCAGGACUUCACGCGGGACACCUACGCUAAAAUGGGCGGACGGAGCUCGUUCACGAAGCGGGCGCUGCUCGGCCCUGGCGCGUCGAAGUCGCGCUAUCUCGACAUAUUCCACCAAAUGAACAUCGACCCCUUGCAAGAGUCGCAGAACUCGAAGAUCAUGUCCCGUUUCGUCACCUCCAUGGGCAAGAUCAAGGGUCGCAGCGAGACGAACCUCACGUGGCAGAACCAGCGGCGGGUUGGAAAGGCCAUCCGCCGCGCGAAGAUGAUGGGGAUCAUCCCGGUGCUCAGCAGACGGACGCUCUUGCACGAAGGGAAGCGGUGA